AUGGCUUCUACAGACGCCAGCAGCGUUGCAACCUCCCUCAUUAACACCUACAGCGGAUCCGAUAUAGCCCGCUCAGGCAUAUUCGCCGCCUUUGCCGCGCUAGCCUGGUACAACGCCAUCGAACUCAUCAUCCUCUGUUUAUUCUCCUUCAAACGCUGGCACGGCAACUAUUUCUGGAGUCUACUCGUCUCCUCCUUCUGCAUCAUCCCGUACUGUCUCGGCUUCGUCCUCCUCUUCUUUCCAACGGGUGUUACACCAUGGCUAUGCAUGACCCUCGUCGUGCUGGGCUGGUAUGGCAUGAUCACCGGCCAGUCAGUUGUACUGUGGUCACGGCUGCAUCUCGUACUGCAGAAUAGGAAGCUGUUGCGGGGUGUGUUAUGGAUGAUCUGCGUCGAUGCUGUAAUAUUCCAGGUCCCGACUACGGUCUUUCUGUACGGGACUGUUGCACAUCCAGAGAGUCGCUGGGCCCGCGCAUACGAUAUCAUGGAGCGUGUUCAGCUGGUCGGUUUCUGCGUGCAGGAAUUGAUUAUUUCCAUGAUCUAUGUCUGGGAAACGGUGAAAUUGCUUCGUCUCAGACCCGGAGGUCGUCCACAGGGAAUUCUGAACCAGUUGCUGGUUAUCAAUAUCAUCAUUCUGAUAUUGGAUAUCUCCAUCGUCGUCAUCGAAUAUGUUGGCUAUUAUGCCGUGCAGGUUUUGUUCAAACCGGUCGCUUACAGUAUCAAGUUGAAGCUUGAAUAUGCUAUCCUUGGUAAGCUGAUCGCCAUCGCGCGCGGUGCCACCGAUAGUCAGCAUAUGGAAUCCUCCAGUGCGCGGGAUAUCACUGAAAUCACCUCCUUCCCGUCGAACCGGCCUAUGAAUCUGGAGUCGCCGAUGCGGGAUCGUCGACAGUACAGUCCGCCAUGGUUUUGGGAAGGGGGGAGCUCUGGUCAUUCUACAUCUACUUCAUCUUAUGUUCUGCGGAAUCCAUGCUAG